CUUACUUUAUCAUACUUUAUUAUACUAUACUAUCUUAGUAUACUCAUCUACUCUAUAUUCAAUUAACCUACCUAUACAUUAUAACAACUUAUUAUACUGUACGACUUACGCCUAAUGACAUCAACAUAGGAUACUCUCACGCAAUCUUCUACGACCUUCCAUCUAUCGAACCAAUCUCAAUCUUAAUCUCAAUCCCAUCAAAACCAACCCCACCAAGAUGUCCGCCAAUAUCACCCCCGACUCCAAGAAACCCAAACCCCUCGACGACCAGGAACAGCGCGACCUACCCUCCGCCGUGCCUGAGGACAGCCAAGCCCAACCCCAGGAUCAGGCCCAGGCACACAGGUCCGAUGAAGACGGUGACAUCAUCGAUAAGUUCGGCAGCGUCAAGGGUCACGCCGAGCCGUACGAGCCUCCUGAGGAGGAGAAGGUUGAGACCGAUCUCUCCAUCCUGGAUGGCAAGACGGUCAACAAAGUCGGCAAUGUCGUCGACGCCCAGGGUAACGUCUUCGGGCGUAUUGUCUCCGGCGAUGGCCGACUGGCCGGUCGCAAGGUCGACAGCCAGGGCCAGAUCUGGGGUGACAAGGGCCAGAUCAUCGGCAAGGCGGAGCUGAUCCCCGAUGCUGAGCAGGAGAAGCCUGAGGGUCCCUUCUAUGGCUUUGAGACUGUCGUCGUUGGCAAGGAUGGCGUGGUGACCGAUGCCACGGGCAGCAUCAUUGGCCGUGUCAUUGAAGGCGAUGCCCUGCGCUUGCUUGGUCGCCAGGUUGAUGAAGAUGGCGACAUCCUUGACAAGAACGGUAACACAAUUGGCCGUGCGGAGCGUUGGCAGCCCGAGGAGAAGAAGCGCAACGUCAAUCCCAUGGCUGGUCGCAAGGUCACCCGCGAGGGAGAAGUGCGCGAUGUCGAUGGAAACCUCAUCGGCAAGCUGACCUCCGGUAAUCUGCCCACACUCAUCGGAAAAGAAAUCGACGACAAUGGCAACGUCGUGGACAACGACGACAACAGGCUGGGCGAAUGUACACUGAUCGAGAACAUCCCCGAGCCUGAGCCUGAGCCUGAGCCUGAAGUGCCCGGUCCAUCCCCAGAGGAACUGCAGAAGCAGAAGGAGGAAGAAGAGGACCGCCAGCUGGCGAAGAAGAUGAGUGCCAUCGUCGGUCAGACGCUGGAUCGUCUCCGCCCCAUCUGCAAGACGAUCUCUGAGCACGUCGAACGCGCAGACCGCACUCCCAAGGAAGAACUCGAUGAAGAAGGGCUCGUCAAACAAGUCAAGCCCCUCCUUGAAGAAGGCGGCAACAUCCUUCAAGAAAGCAACGGGGCAGUCCGCGCCCUCGACCCGGACGGCCACGUCGCGGCCAACGCCAAAGCCCGCGCCGCCUCCCAUGAGGCAUCGAAGGAGGAACAUGCGCUGGCGGAGCAGCUGAAGGAGCUGUCCGAAACGGUCUGCACGACGAUUGACAACGCGAAGAAGCGCAUCGCGGACAUGCCUCACGCGAAGAAAGAGCUCAACCCGCUGUGGGCGCUGCUCACGGAGCCGCUAGGUCAGAUCAUUGCGGCGGUGGGCUUGUUGCUGACUGGUGUGUUGGGACUGGUUGGUCGUCUGUUAGAUGGACUCGGACUGGGUGGUCUUGUGAAUAGCCUGUUGGGUGGAUUGGGGCUUGAUAAGUUGCUGGGAAGUCUGGGACUCGGGUCGGUGACUGGUGCGCUUGGACUGGGUGGGGAGAAAUAAGGGAUGAUCCAGACGCAAUUGAUCUUCAACGGAGAAGAGUCCCAGCUUAUAAUCCAAUAUAAUGCCUUCAUCUAGACGUU